CUCACAUCUGAUUUCAAAUCUUAGUUUCCAUUAAGAAAACUGCUUUGACUGUUACAUAAACGUCGAAGCGCAUCUCAUUUGUUUUUAAUUUCUUAUAUCUUUCAUAUGAAUGAGAACAAAACAGAUACAUACGUCAUAUAAUACUAUUUUUCUUUUAUGAUUUAGACUGAUAGAUAGAGUGACAGUAUUAGGAAUCACCAAUAUACAUCGAUGAAUGACCUUGCAAGGCUAACGUUUAUUGAGGAGAUCAUUUCAAAGUGAGAUUUUGUUUUGUCAAGUAAAUCUAAUAAUGUCCAUAAGGACUCAUUUGUCUCCCCUAUUCCCUGCAGUCUUUUUCUUCUUUUUUUAUUUUCUUCGAAAUUUUCAAAUGGAGUUUUUGAGUAAUUAAUUGCGAUUUAAGCUAAAGAUUCUAUAGAAUUUUGUUGAAUUAUGCAUCUAGUUCUUUUCCAGCUUUUCACAUGGAUCACAAAUUACAUUAAUAGCUUUAUCUUGGAUAUCAAUUCCACUUGCAUUCUCAUUUUAUAGUUUUCUAAAGUUCUGACUCCUGGUGUUAAGGAGUAGUUUUUUCUUUCAGAAAUUUGGAGUUGGUUGUAUGCAUUCAAACUGUUGCAGCUCAUAUGCGUGUAUUAUUAAUGUUUUAUGAAUAUAGAGAUUUUUGACUAUACCUGAGUGCCCUAAUCAAUCUGCGGAAGGUAUGAAGUUCAUAUAUUCUGUCUUUAUGUUAGGUCUUGAAAAGUUGAUGUAAUUAGUUAUUUAACUACUAUUUAGGUCUCAGCGGGAUUCCAGAUCGAAUUGUGUCAUGAUGGUGAUACUUGAACUUUUCUGGAAGCAUCAAAACUGCUUUGUCAAUAAGAUUUAGCUGCUCUGUUAAUUCAUCGCAAAUAUAUUUUUCUUGUUGCCCGGUUCAAGUAGAAUUGAACUGGGUCUUGUAUUCACUGUAUCCUUUUUGUGCAGAUUAGAUACACUGGCCCAAGUGUCGCAUGAAUUUUAAUAAAAUUAGAACAACUUUAUUUGGGAGCUUUGAAAACAGGGUGGCAGAAAUGUCUGAGCAGCUGGCGCAAUAAGGCCUAACUCAUAUGCUAAGAAAUCUCCUAUGGGCAACUUCAAAACAUGAUGUGUACCUUAUGCAAAAUUACUCGGUAGUGCACUGGUCGUCCCUUCUCAAAAGGGGCAAAGAAAUACUUAAUGUUGCCAAACCAGUUGUACCUACUUCUAAAUAUCCUGGAUCUUUGGCUCAGAUACUCCCCAGGGUGCAGAUAAGCACCAUGACUGUUAAAGACAAUCUUAUGGUGGCAGGUGGUUUUCAGGGGGAGCUUGUAUGCAAGUAUCUAAACCAGUCUGGAGUUGCCUUCAGCACCAAAAUAACCACGGGUGUAAAUGCUAUAACUAAUGCAGUGGACGUUUACCGUAAUCCAAGUGGUUCAAUGAGGGUUAUGAGUGCAAACAAUGAUGCUCAAGUCAGGGUUUUUGAUACUGAGAAUUUUGCUCGUCUCAGCUGUUACUCCUUUCCUUGGUCUGUAAAUAACACCUCGGUGAGUCCUGAUGGCAAGUUAAUAGCUGUUCUUGGGGACAGUACAGAGUGCUUGUUGGUCGAUGCUCAAUCUGGGAAGGUCAUAAGUAGUCUGAAGGGACACCUGGACUAUUCAUUUGCUUCAGAUUGGCACCCAAAUGGCCAAAUUUUAGCAACCGGGAACCAGGACACUACUUGUAGACUGUGGGAUAUAAGGAACCUCUCGGAGUCUGCUGCUGUACUAAAGGGAAGGAUGGGUGCAAUCAGAGCCGUAAGGUUUUCAUCAGAUGGCCGCUUUAUGGCCAUGGCUGAGCCGGCGGACUUUGUUCAUAUCUUUGACACGUCGUCUGAUUAUGCCAAGGCGCAGGAGAUUGAUCUCUUCGGGGAGAUUGCUGGAAUCUCCUUCAGCCCUGACACUGAAGCUCUGUUUGUUGGGGUUGCAGAUCGAAGGUAUGGCAGCUUACUAGAGUAUAACAGGAGGCAUUAUAACCGUUACAUGGACUCUAUCCUCUAGUGAACCAGAGAGUACUACUGCACUUGCUGGGAUAGUUAGAUGUUUGUGUAUGCCGAGUAUCUUGCUUGUGUUUAAGCUUUGGAGUUGAUGCGACCUGUCAAAAAUGGGUUCUAGAUUUUUGAGGUGUGACCUAAUACCGCCUUCCGAAGCCGGUGGAGUGGCGAGGAACAAAGUGGUGGCCUUGGUGGGAAAUUUUGCCUAUGUGAAGUUGUCUCCCUUUGUUUUGUCAAGUGGUUCUUUCAUUAUAAUACUGUACUUAUCAAGGGUUUUUUUUGUAAGUCCCGUCUCUCUCCAUAUGUAUGCUGGAUUAAUAUUUGGGUAGAGAUUGUAAUAUAUUAGUGUCUAUAAAUUUUUGGACUCCAGUCUACUUGUAUAUGCAAAACAUGUUGAAUGCCAGAUAAUAGUGGUUUAUA